AUGGCCACUACUCAGCCUUCCGGUGGCGUCAGCACUGAGCUCGUCUUGUCCGAGAUCCUGACCACUCUGAAGAAGCUGCAAGCCGACCACUCCCAGUUGGCGGCCAGUGUGGAAUCUCUUCAGAGUAGACUUGAAGUCUCCAACUCACUCAACCAGUUACGCAUCGGGCACAACGUCAAACAAUCCGACGGCGUCAAGGACUCGCCGAGCUUAGAUCCUGUCCAGCUUGCGAAGUCGGCAAACGGGACUAUCUCGCCUCCUCCAGAUUCAGCUCCCCUUGCAACAAAAGCACCGCCGUCGCCCAAUACCAAGAGAUCUUCCACCACCUCGCGAAUCAUCCUCACCACUUACCCGGGCCAGUCAGGAAUCGACCCUAUCCCGCUUGAAUGGGGCGAGUCGGAUCCGCUCAAGCGCGGUCCCGUCGUGGUCAGCAGACACCAGCAUACCAUCCGGAGACGGAAUGCCAUCGGUGCUCAUGGAGGCUCGUACUCGAUCUACCAUGCUCUCGCCGUGGCCAGCCACAACCUGAACCUCGAGCACAUGCCCGACUUCACCAACACGGAGCCCGCCGCGUUGAUUGGACCGUUCCCGGCCUGGGGCGACAAGAAGAAGAUUGUGGCCAUGGAUCCGUUCGGCCACCUGGAACCCUGGCUGUUCAAGGACUACAUCCAGACCCAGGACAUCGACAUCCGGCCGACCAUCGCGGUGACCAAGGCGCAUAUGAAAAUCCCCGAGCUCGAGCAGAGCGUGAAGGCCGGCCGACUCGUGCCGGACGGCAAGAUCUGUCUGAACGAGACCGGCGAGCUGAGCGUGACUAAGUUUGCCGUCGAACCCGUCUGGUAUCUCCCCGGCGUGGCCGAACGGUUCGGGAUCGACGAGAGUUCCCUACGCCGAGCCCUCUUCGAGCACACCGGCGGAUCGUACCCCGAACUCGUGACGCGGCCCGAUAUCAAGGUCUUCCUGCCCCCCAUUGGCGGGCUGACGGUCUACUGCUUCGGCGACCCGGCGAAAAUGUCGGACCCCAACGCCUCACUGGCCCUUCGUGUCCACGAUGAAUGCAACGGCAGCGACGUCUUUGGGUCUGAUAUCUGUACGUGCCGGCCCUACCUGAUCUUCGGCAUCGAAGAGGCCGUCAAGGAAGCCCAGAAGGGCGGCAGCGGCGUCGUCAUCUAUUUCCGCAAGGAAGGCCGCGCCCUCGGCGAAGUCACAAAGUACCUCGUGUACAAUGCGCGCAAGCGCGGCGUGGACCGCGCCAGCGAGUACUUCAAGCGCACCGAGAAUAUCGCAGGUGUCAAGGACAUGCGCUUCCAGGCCCUCAUGCCGGACAUCCUGCACUGGCUGGGCAUCACCAAGAUCGACCGCAUGCUGAGCAUGUCUAACAUGAAGCACGACGCCAUUGUCGAGCAGGGCAUCCCUAUCAUCGAGCGUGUGCCGAUCCCGGAUGAAAUGAUUCCCGCGGACUCGAGGGUCGAGAUUGAUGCAAAGAUCCAUGCUGGCUACUUCACCACCGGCAAGGUCAUGACCAUGGAGGAAUUGAAUGCCGUGCAGGGCAGGAGUUGGGAUGACAUUGAGCACUAA